AUGUCUGGCACUGAUCUAUUAGAAUCGUUGUUUAAAAAUGCAAGACAAGCUCCAGUCUCGGUGAAAUCGAAUAAAUUAGACGAAUUGUUUGCCAAAGCUGCUGAAGAAAAGGUAAGAGUAUCUUUAUUAUGAAUUAUUGCUUUUUAGCGAUUAGAAAAAACGGCCAGUAAGGCAACGGAUCCUUUAACUUUUGUUAAAUCCACAGACCCGCUUGCCAAGAAUAUUAUUUUGAGCUCCAAGCAGUGUGCUUUAUACAAAUUCAGCGACGGAAAAUGGGUGACGACGGAUAUUACUGGGCCAUUAUUUGUGUAUGAAAGAUUGGACAAACCUCUGAAUUCUCUCUUUAUUGCUUCGAAAACCAGCAAUUUUAUCAGACCUCUCAAUGACUCUUCCAAGCUUGAAUUUAAGAGUCCAUUCAUUUUUCUCCAUCUAAAACAUGGUAUGCAAUUUAUUGAAAUACGAAAUUAAUGUUUAGGAGAGUCUUUUGGAAUAUGUUUCAAAGACGUGACGGAAUGUCCGAAGUUUUUUGAAGUCGUGACUUCAGUGACUAAAGGCAGGGAAAUUAAUCGAAGAAAGGAUACAGAAUUACAACAGUUUCUGAACAAAUCGGACAAACGAAACGAAGUUUGUAUGACGUAUUCGGAGAAGACCAUCGUUGCAGCAUCGUUUAAAUCGAAGAAUGUCACAAAGAAAAUUAAGGUAACCCUUAUAUAAAAUUAUAUUUUUGGUUAUUAGGCAUCAAACAUGAAAACUUUCAUCCAGUCCGAAUUGGUAGACGUGUCUGAUCAGAACUUGAAAUGUAUAAAAAUGAUCGACCCUCUGGCUGAUAAGAUUGUAUGUCAGGCCAGCCAUGGCGCACUCUAUAAUUAUUGUGUAGAAACCGACGAAUGGAUCAAGUCUGAGGUCGGAGGUCCGUUUUUUAUAUACAGUAGGAAAGAUCGGCCCUUUUAUUCGUAUAUGAUUGCCAACAGACAAUCUCUCGAAGAUUGGAUCCAGCCUAUCAAGAAAGACAUGAGAUUUGAGUGUAAUAGUCCAUACAUUUUCACAAAUAUUCCAAAAAGUAAGUUUUCUGUUUCGUGAUUCAUAAAUUUUCUUUAGAGGAGAUCAAGGCGUUGUGGUUUGGAGAUGAAAAGGAAUGCAUAAAGGUUUAUCAAACUUUGGUGGGGCUCAAAGAAAAACUGGAACAGUCAGAAACGAAUGUGGAUAACUCUAUUGACACGCAUUCUACUGAUGCUACUUCGGCAUCAAGGCCAGACGCAUCCUCAUCACUUUUGAAUUCGCUGUUCCCUACCCCUGUUGUAAAAAUAGAUCAUGUUGAAAGCCCAGUUGUAGAAGAAGUAGAAGACGGUGAAGAGUAUUCGGAUGAAUACGAUGAAAAUAGCGAAGAGGAAGAUGUGAUACAUGAACAAUAUGAAGAGCUUAAAGAUGUCGAGGGUAAUGAAGGAGAAGACGUGGAUAACAUCGAGGAGACAACCUCUCUUAAAGACCGGCCUGUCACUGUGCAUACGGCGCCCAAAGUGCUGGAAGCUUUGUUUGGCACAUCGGCCAAGGUAAAAUUAAAUUGUGUUUAACAACCUUUUUAAAGCCAUCAAGCUCUGAGCAACCCUUGACUGUCAAUGAAAGGGCUUUCAAAUACGUUAAGUGUGUCGAUAAGGACAUUGGGGGAAUUGAAUAUGUCUAUAAAAGUGUUGCUUUAUACAAUUUUGAUCUCAAAACGAAAAAUUGGAUUCGAACAGACGUCCACGGGCCUCUUUUCGUGUACUCCAGGACUUCUCAACCAAAAUAUAAAAUUAUGCUGGCCAGUAAGGAGACAGGCGAUGACUUUGUGUUGCCUCUAAACGAUGACCUUAGAUUAACUCUCCAGGCAUCGUUUAUUUUUGGGAAAGGAGAUCAGGGUAAGUUAUAUAUUACGACAAAAUAAUAAGAACGCACGCACAGCGUUCUGUACUUUUUUGGAAUGAUUCCGACACCGAUUUUUUCGAAUUUUUCUAAAAUAGCCCGCAUUUACGCGGGUGUCGCUAGGGAAUACUGUAAGAUUGACGUGUAAAAUUUGCAGUGCUUAUAGAGUAAAGAGAGAUCUUUCCAACGAUACAACUUACGUAAAUUAAUAUGGAAAAAGAAAUUUGUAAUCAACGCUGAAAACUGACCGACUUUGGAUUAUCGGCGCUAAAGAUUGCCCUUAGGCAGAUCUCUUAGAAGAAGUGGAUGGUACCAACUUGUGCGGAAUUUAAUUCUCUACAACAUAUCCAAAAACUACAAAAUUUUACUGCUUUUCCGUCGAAUUAUGCCUCAAAAAUGCAAUUUUUGCACUAGUUUUACCAAUUUUUAAAAAAUAUUUGCACUUUAAGGGCAUUAUUACAAAAACAGAGUCGUACAUAUUGAAGCUUGCAUGGUAGCUGAGCAUACUGUUUAAUUUUACCCUGUCAUCUAUCUCCAUCUUCAAAAACAACGGAGCUAAAGUUUGGUGCUUGGACCCAGCAUAAAAAUGCCCUAAGGGCGAAUUUCAAAAAUGCGAUAGUGCCACUAAACGUAAAAUAAGCCUUCAAACAGCCAUGCUCAAAAGGCAACGAUUCGAUUCCUUCUUCUGUGACUGCUCCAAGAAAUCCAUGCAACAUCAUGAACGCGUAAAUGUGUUCAUGAGGCCACCGAUGUUUCAAACUAUUCCGGAAACUCCCAACGUUGAUUUUUUUCCUCAAAUUUGGCGUACCUGUAGCACAAAAAAUUCUACGUUCAGUGGCACUAUCGCAUUUUUGAAAUUCGCCCUUAGGGCAUUUUUAUGCUGGGUCCAAGCACCAAACUUUAGCUCCGUUGUUCUUGAAGAUGGAGAUAGAUGACAGGGUAAAAUUAAACAGUAUGCUCAGCUACCAUGCAAGCUUCAAUAUGUACGACUCUGUUUUUGUAAUAAUGCCUUUAAAGUGCAAAUAUUUUUAAAAAAUUGGUAAAACUAGUGCAAAAAUUGCAUUUUUGAGGCAUAAUUCGACGGAAAAGCAGUAAAAUUUUGUAGUUUUUGGAUAUGUUGUAGAGAAUUAAAUUCCGCACAAGUUGGUACCAUCCACUUCUUCUAAGAGAUCUGCCUAAGGGCAAUCUUUAGCGCCGAUAAUCCAAAGUCGGUCAGUUUUCAGCGUUGAUUACAAAUUUCUUUUUCCAUAUUAAUUUACGUAGUUGUAUCGUUGGAAAGAUCUCUCUUCACUCUAUAAGCACUGCAAAUUUUACACUUCAAUCUUACAGUAUUCCCUAGCGACACCCGCGUAAAUGCGGGCUAUUUUAGAAAAAUUCGAAAAAAUCGGUGUCGGAAUCAUUCCAAAAAAGUACAGAACGCUGUGCGCACGCACCAUAUAUCUUCAAAAAUUCUUUGUUUUUAUGCUAUUUUUGUAGAUCGGUUAUUUGGUUUGUACUUUGCAAAAGAAGAAGAGUGCCGUGAAGCUUUCAAAACAAUGGAAAAACUGAAGGUGAUUAAAGAUGAAGAAACGUAAGGCAACUACUCGGCACAAUACAGGGCGGGCCACUCGGAACUUCCACCCUUGUUUCAGGCAUUUCUCCGCCGAUAAUGAUCUAAUUUUAAAAAAAUUAUUUCACGGAGGCCUUCUACUGACCUUUGAGAUUUCCAUUCCAAAGUUUGGAGCUCGAAAUCAGCGAAACGGCACCACGACAUUUCCGGAAUUUGGACGCUUCCGGAAUGGCGGAAAAGUGACACUUCCGGAACCGGGGAAAAAAUCAAAGAUAAGGCUUCGACCUCCCAUCUGAAUGGAUUUAUUGUUAUUAAUCAAAAAAAUUUUGUUACUUUUUUCUUAAGUAGUAGUGUUAAAAAGUAAUUUUUUGAAAAUUUUCCAAAAAUAUUCGAUAUAGGGGUUUUCGAUGAUGUUGAUUUCGAAAAUCAUGUUAAUUUUUUCUGAUUGUUUCUUUUUUUUUACGUAGUGGUAAAAAGUAAUUUUUUGAAAUUUUUCUAAACAUACUGGAUUUAUGGGUUUUUGAGGUUGCUUAUUUCGAAAGUCAUGUUCAUUUUGUCUGCACUUUACUAUCUCGCGACCUAGGUCGUGGCUGAGGUCAAAAAGGUCGCCUAAGCCUUAUCUUUGAUUUUUCCCCGGUUCCGGAAAUGUCCUGGCGCGGGCGAAACUUAGAAAAUUUUUGCAAUGAUUGUCAAUUGACAAGAGAAGUACCCAGAGAUUACCACUGCUCCGGAGCCGGCUCUUGGCUCCGAGCCGGGAGCCAGAGCCGGAACCGGAAAUUUUGGGUCCGGCUCCGGCUCUCGAACCUAAAGCCGGAGCCAGGCUUCUCAGCGUUCAGAAAAGUAAAAAUUUCGCGCUCUUGUUAAACCAAUUGCUUGAAAAAUAAAAAAAUGUUGCACGGCAGCCGGAGCCGCAAAUUUGGCCUCGGCAAUGGCUCUGGGAGGUAAGAGCUGGAGCCGAAAUUUUGGUCUUGGUAAUCCUGGCUGCACCCCAAGUGCGACGCUGAGGUUUUAUUUAACUAAAUUUUGCAUUACCCUCCAUGCUAUAAAUAGAAUGAAACUUUUCUUGCCGAAAUUCGGCAAAAAUUGUCAAAUUUUUGCCGACUUUUGGUCUAAAAAUCUCGAUUGUUUCUGCAAAGCGGAUCAAAUGUAAAUUUUAUCGCAUGUAUUUUACAAGGAAAUUACGGGGCCCUUGCUUUUAGACGAGACAUAUCUUUAAAAAAUACGUAAAAUCAUGCUGGUUAAGAGUAUUAAAAAAUUGGCUGCACAAUUUUGGGUUUUAGAGGUUAAAAUUCAAUCGCAAAUUGACUUAAAGCCCUGUAUAAACCACUUAGAAAUUGGUGCAUUAUUGGCGGGAGGAUACCUGAGACAAUGUUCGAAGUUCCGAGUGGUCCACCCUGUAGAACUACCAUAAUUUUGUUAUAAAAUGUAAAAUUUUUAGGCGCAUUCCCAAGCAGCCCUAUGACAAUGUACUGGCCUUAUUUGAAUCAAUGGGGAUUGUAAAACCCGCCAAACAAUGA